AUGAGUCUGAUUUCUUCCUUCAUCAUCGACCCCGUGGUCAGAGCCGGCCGCCGCUUCUCCGGAGCUGGAGCUGGAGCUGGAGCUGCACCGGUGCCGUCAGCCGGUGACGCAGCAGGACGAUUGCCGCUAUCACAUGCCAAUCAGGACCCCAGCUCUGCGACCGCACCACCAACCGAUGGCGACGCAGAUGCAGAUGCAGGUGCAGGUGCAGGUGCCGGCGCCGAUGCCACUGCAGCGCGCGAUGCACCCCAGACUGCUAGCGCAAGGCCUGUCCCCCUGUUAGCCCGAUUCCGCAGCUACUCGUCAUUCACGCGCCGACCGCAGCAUGUCGCGGGGGGUGAGGAGAUGGGCGACGGUCGAGACGCCAUCACCACGACAGCGACGGCGCCCAUGGACGUGCCCGUCGAUGCAGCCAGCAUGUCCUCGAAUCCGUCCCACGCGCUCCAGCAGCGCUUCCGCCGCCUCGACCUCGACCUCGACCUCGACCCCGACCCGCUCGGCUCCAGCGCGCCUGCUGCACCCACCGCGAUACACGGCGCCGCACCAGGCACCGCCGCCAUGUCCGAGUCGCUGCCGGCCGACGAUGGCUUCGCCCACCUGCGCGCCCGCAUCCACGACAUCAGGGCGCUGAAGAUCACCGAGCAGGAGCGCGCGCAGAUGAUCCACGGCCUGAUGACCGAGCGCUACAACCACAUGCGCCCCACCUCGCCGAGCAGCUUUGUGUCCCACGACCGUCCCUUCACGCCCAACUCGGCGCACUCGGUCUUCUCCGAGGCCCGCGCCUCCUCGCCUCUCUCCGCUGCCUCGGACGUCGACGUCGACAAUCCAUACAAGCUCCGCCCAGGCGACACCAGCCCGACCUAUCGAACGCUCAAGCACAACGACGACGAAGAGGACGACGAAGAUCACACGGACGAGGAGCUUGUCCUGGGCUGCCAACACUACAAGCGCAACGUCAAGGUCCAGUGCCACGAGUGCCGACACUGGUACACCUGCCGGCAUUGCCACGAUGAAGUCGAGGACCACGCGCUGAAUCGAAAAGCAACACAGAACAUGCUCUGCAUGGCCUGCAGCACACCGCAAAAGGCAUCGGACACUUGCAACGAGUGUGGCACCGAGGCGGCGUGCUACUACUGCGACCUCUGCAAGCUGUGGGACAACAAUGCACGCAAGAAGAUAUACCACUGUCCGGACUGUGGCAUUUGCAGACGCGGCGAGGGGCUUGGGAAAGACUACACCCACUGCCAGCGAUGCAAUGUCUGCAUCACCAUAUCCCACGCAGAUUCCCACGUGUGCAUACCACGUGCUACCGACUCUGGGUGUCCUAUCUGCACCGACUAUCUCUUCACCUCGUCCGCAGCUGUCGUCUCGAUGCCAUGCGGGCACUACAUGCACAAGCAGUGCUAUACGUUGUACAUGGAGACUGCGUACAAGUGCCCAAUCUGCAAGAAGAGCGCGGUGAAGAUGGACUUGCAAUGGCGCAAGCUGACGUCGGCCAUCGAGGGUCAGCCUAUGCCCGAGCAAUUCGCAAACACUCGAGCGGUCGUCCAAUGCAACGACUGCUCGCGUAAGUCUUCGGUCAAGUACCACUGGCUCGGGAACCAAUGCGAAAACUGCGACUCGUACAACACCAACGAACUACGCAUCUUGAACGGGCCCGAAAGCGAAGAAGCAGCCAACGCACUCCUCGACGCCGAUGCAAGUUCGGGCACAAGGUCGCCAGCCAGCGUCAGCUCCCCUCAAUCGCAAGCGCUAAGGUCGCCCCGGUAUUAUUUCCAGCCGGACGAACCAGAAGAAACAUGGCUGCCCGGCCAGUUGCCUUCCUUUCCCUUCCAGAUGCCACAGUUCCCUGGCCGACCGCGCAUGCCAGACAUGCCCCAAAUGCCCCGCAUGCCUGGCUUCCCGUCCUUACCGCAGUUCCCACAAUUCCCCAACAUGCCUCGGAUACCGCAGAUGCCUCAGAUGCGCCGUGACGCAGAGGAGAUGCUCGAGCGCUUCCGUCGGUCCAUGGACGCCUACCUCAACCCUACUGGCGAAGUGCGAGAUGAGCACGUCCCGUUCAUUGAUCUCGGUGGCGACGAUCGCCGCGAGACAACGGAGGCUACGGACGGCACGCAGGUCAAGGGGCCCUACUUGCCGCAGUACUACCUGGAGCGCUUCUCACAGGCGCUCACACGCUUCCGCAAUGAGCUCAACCCUGGCAUGGAGGACAUUCCUGAUCUGAAUCUCUCAGAGGGUCAGGAUCCAGAGGGACUGCAGUUUUGGGGCGACGAUGGGGGACGUGUUGCACGGGUCAACGCGAAAGACGAGGGGGACGACGAGGCGUCUGAUGAUGGAAGCAGCAGCGAUGAGAGCAAUCACGAAGAAGAGGACGAUGAGGAUGAGGAUGAGGAUGAUAACGAACACAAUGGGCAAAAUAGAAAGACGGAUUGGGAUCUACCUGGGCAUCUCUAG